AUUCGGCUGGAGAGCCUGGGUUCAAAUUUUCAACGGCGUUGAAUAAAUCCCGCGGCGGUUCUUGCGGGCGCUUCGCCGUUACCGAUGAGAGGAGGUUCUUGAUAAGAAGUACUUGCUAGACUUCAAGAUAUCAGAAGAGAGGUGAAAGUAUAUUGCAACUUUGAUUGGACUUAACAGAUGAUCACUUUUUUAGGUUCUGCUUCCCAAACCUUUUGAAGAAUAUAACUCUCUACAAGAUGGAGUGAUUGAGAAUUGAUGAGGAUUACAACCUGCAGCCCCACUGUCAAUCCUUACAAAUGCUUUCAGCUUCUUACUCUUGGAAUAUCAGAACACUAACAUUUUACAAAGAUUUGUGUCAUUAUUUGGCCUAGAGGUGGGGACAAUGUCUUACUCCUAUGAUGCUCCCACGGACUUCAUCAAUUUUACAUCUUUGGAUGAGGAGGAAGACCCCCAAAACAUAGAUUCUUGGUUUGAAGAGAAGGCCAAUUUGGAGAAUAGGUUUCCUGACAUGACUCCUAUGAGAAAAGCAAAUCCUCCGCAAGCUAUUGUGACACCUUUGAGACCAGUUGACAACACUUACUACAAAGAGUCAGAAAAAGAAAAUCUGGUGCAACAGUCCAUUCCCUCAAAUGCUCGUUCUGCCCUGGAAGUCAAGGGAACCACCUCAAGAAAUACUCCAUCUCUGCCUCAGAGACGAUCUGUUAGACUCUCUGCUCAGAAAGCUUUGGCACAGAAAGAAAAACACCAUGUGAAAACGAAAGCCAAGAGAUGUCCUACUCCUGUAAUCAUCAGUGAAACUCCACCCCCCAAAAGAAUGAAAGUUUCUAAUCAAAAGAAGUCAGAAGAAGAGAAAGAUGGCAUUGCUCCUUGUCAAGAUACUUCUGGAAAGAAUGAGUCUUCCCCAGAGAAAGCCAAGGAGAGACGUACUGUGCCUGGCAUGCCACCUGUAAGACAGAAACUUCUAAAAAGUACUGAGGAGCAAGAGUUGGAGAAGAGCAUGAAAAUGCAGCAGGAGGUGAUGGAGAUGCGGAAAAAGAAUGAAGAAUUCAAGAAAUUUGCUCUUGCUGGAGCAGGACAACCUGUGAAGAAAACAGUGAGCCAGGUAACCAAAUCAGUCAACUUCCACUUUCGCACAGAUGAGCGAAUCAAACAACAUCCUAAGAACCAGGAGGAGUAUAAGGAAGUGAACUUUACAUCAGAACUGCGAAAGCAUCCUCCAUCUCCUGCCCGAGUGACUAAGGGAUGCACCAUUAUAAAGCCUUUCAACCUGUCCCAAGGAAAGAAAAGAAAAUUUGAUGAAACAGCUUCUACAUAUGUACCUAUUGCACAGCAGGUCGAAGCCUUCUAUAAAGGAACCCCUAACAGAUAUCACUUGAGGAGCAAGAAGGAUGAUAUUACUCUGUUACCCACCAAGUCUACUGUGGCCAAGAUUGUCACAGAACCACAGACUCCUGUGUUGCAAACCAAACAGCGCACAAGGCCUGUGACCUGCAAAAGUGCAGCGGAUCUGGAGGCCGAGGAGCUCGAGAAACUGCAACAAUAUAAAUUCAAAGCAAGGGAACUGGAUCCCAGAAUUCUUGAAGGUGGGCCCAUCUUGCCCAAGAAACCGCCUGUGAAGCCACCCACUCAGCCUGUUGGCUUUGAUUUAGAAAUUGAGAAAAGAAUCCAGGAGCGUGAGUCAAAGAAGAAAUCAGAGGAUGAACACUUUGAAUUUCAUUCCAGACCUUGCCCGACUAAGAUCUUGGAAGAUGUUGUGGGUGUUCCUGAAAAGAAACUACUUCCAAUCACUGUCCCCAAAUCACCGGCAUUUGCAUUAAAGAACAGAAUCCGAAUGCCCAUCAACGAUGAGGAAGAGGAGCCGGUAGUGAUAAGAAGAGCUCAACCUCGGGCACAUUUGGGGGUACCUUUUAAGCCCCAAAUCCCAGAGGCAAAGACUGUGGAAAUAUGCCCUUUCUCAUUUGAUUCUCGAGACAAAGAACGCCAGUUACAGAAGGAGAAGAAAAUAAAAGAACUGCAGAAAAUGGAGGUGCCCAAGUUCAAGGCACAUCUUUUGCCUGAUUUUGACACUGUUAACCUGCCAGAGAAGAAGGUGAAGAGUGUAACCCAGACUGAGCCUUUCUGCUUGGAGACUGACAAAAGAGGUGCUUUAAAGGCACAGACUUGGAAGCACCAGCUGGAAGAAGAACUGAAACAGCAGAAAGAAGCAACUUGCUUCAAAGCUCGUCCAAAUACUGUCAUCUUCCAGGAGCCCUUUGUUCCCAAGAAAGAGAAAAAAUCCAUGACUGAUAGCCUUUCACUAGUUCAAGAACCUUUUCAGCUGGCCACUGAGAAGAGAGCCAAAGAGCGGCAAGAGAUGGAGAAGAAAAUGGCUGAGGCAGAAGCCCAGAGAGUCCAGAAGUUGGAGGAAGUCAGGCAGCAGGAGGAAGAGCAGCAGAAGGAGGAGCUGGCCAGGCUACGGAAAGAACUGGUGCACAAGGCAAACCCAAUACGCAAAUACCAGGGUGUGGAGAUCAAGUCAAGUGACCAGCCUCUGACAGUGCCUGUAUCUCCCAAGUUCUCCACUCGAUUCCAUUGCUGAACUCAACUGUGGGCUGCAGACACUACCUGGGAACAGGAGCUGCUUUUUCCAUCAAAGCUUUCUUUGUCACAGUGGUAUGGAGAGGACACAUUUCUUCAGACUUUACCUACCCAUGCCCGACAGAGCAUACCUAACAAGUGUGGACUCUAAUUUUGUUGAGACUUGUUAUCUUGCAUUAUGGAGGCUAAUAAUGAGACUCAACUCACAUAUAUCUCGAUCAGACUCCAUGUAGUUAUUUCCUUUGGACCAUCAGUUGACCUUUAAAAUGGGUUUUAACUUCGACUAGAAUUUAAAGUCUUUAUAUCAGCACUAUGUAAUUUCUAUUGCCCAUUCUUGCCCCUUCCCCCCCCCCCCCUUUUUUUUCUUUUCUAUUUUAUGUCAGAAAAUAAAGAUAGUUAAUUAUUGA